AGCGGGCGGGAGCGCGCGCCGGGCCCGCCUCGGCUGCCGCCGCCACCGCCACCGCCGCGGGAGAAUGAUCUGGGCGGUAGCGGGCGGCCCGGGCUAGCGGCCACGAGCCAGUUCUGCGGCUGCCCAGACGAGCAAAGGUCGCCAGCCCCGAGUCGACCCCCUCUCCGCCCCCCAGGAGGGGCGAGAGGGAGCAGCUGCUGAUGUCAGAAAUACACUUUCGGGAAAUGGCCUCUAAAUCUUGGUUGAAUUUUUUAAUUUUCCUCUGUGGAUCAGUAAUAGGUUUUUUUUUAUGCUCUCAGCUAUUUAGUAUUUUGUUGGGAGAACAGGGUGACACACAGCCCAAUAUUCUUCAUAAUGAUCCUCAUGCUAGGCAUUCUGAUGAUAAUGGACAGAAUCAUCUGCAAGGACAAAUGAACUUCAAUGCAGAUUCUAGCCAACAUAAAGAUGAGAACACAGACAUCGCUGAAAACCUCUUUCAGAAAGUUAAAAUUCUUUGUUGGGUUAUGACAGGCCCUCAGAAUCUAGAGAAAAAGGCCAAACAUGUCAAAGCUACAUGGGCUCAACGUUGUAAUAAAGUGUUGUUUAUGAGUUCAGAAGAAAAUAAAGACUUUCCUACUGUGGGAUUAAAAACCAAAGAAGGCAGAGAUCAACUCUACUGGAAAACAAUUAAAGCUUUUCAGUAUGUUCAUGACCAUUAUUUAGAAGAUGCUGAUUGGUUUCUGAAAGCAGAUGAUGAUACAUAUGUCAUACUAGACAAUUUGAGAUGGCUGCUUUCAAAUUAUGACCCUAAAGAACCUAUUUACUUUGGGAGAAGAUUUAAGCCCUAUGUAAAGCAGGGUUACAUGAGUGGGGGAGCAGGAUACGUACUAAGCAAAGAAGCCUUGAAGAGAUUUGUUGAUGCAUUUAAAACAGAGAAAUGUACACAUAGUUCCUCCAUUGAAGACUUAGCCCUGGGAAAAUGCAUGGAAAUCAUAAACGUAGAAGCUGGAGAUUCCAGAGAUACCACUGGAAAAGAAACUUUUCAUCCCUUUGUACCAGAACACCACUUAAUCAAAGGUUAUCUACCCAAAACCUUUUGGUACUGGAAUUAUAACUACUAUCCUCCUGUAGAGGGUCCUGGUUGCUGUUCUGAUCUGGCAAUUUCUUUUCACUAUGUUGAUUCUACAACUAUGUAUGAAUUAGAAUACCUCGUUUAUCAUCUUCGUCCAUAUGGUUAUUUAUAUAGAUAUCAACCUGCCUUACCUGAGAAUAUAUUAAAGGAAAUAAAUCAAGAAAACAAAAAUGAAGAUACAAAAGUAAAAUUAGGAAACCCUUGAAAGAAAAAUGUGAAUGAACCGAGGUAAAAUGUCCAGCAUUGCAGUGAAGAACUUCUGCAUUUCUGACAUAGAACCCUGAAAUCCCAUUGAGAAAUUCAUUCUAUGAGAACAUUCCGUAUAGAAAUCUUUCAACUGAAAGACUGUAAACUUAAGCUUUAAAUGAGCUGUGAAGUCUGUUAAAAUGUGUUUUGAUACAGUAAUAUAUAAAUAUAAAUACAUAUAUAUAUGAAAAAUUUGUGUUUUCUUAAGACAGUGGCAAGGUAGAAGAACUAGAAGAGAUUUUGUUGCCUGCUCCUGACCGUGUGUAAUAUUGUCACUGAAAAACUGAAACAGUUAAAUUUGCUAAAACUGCACUGUACCAUGUAACAUACACAAUGCUAAACAGAUCUGCCUUAAAGAAAAUUUAGAAGGAAAUAUUGUUGCUCAGUGUUGUUUAUACUCAUUUGCUGUGUGAUAUAAAUGAAACAAUCCCACCACACAGUUGUCUAAUGAAAAUUCUGCUGUGAUUAUUUAUAAUCAGCAAUAUUUAUUCAAAAAAGGUAGAAUAAGAAUGGCACUUAUCCUAAAGUGCAUUAAUAAAAUUACAUUUUCAAAGUUAUCAUGGGCCUUGACUAUAUUAUAUACUUGGUUCUAAUUAAUCUUUUACCUGGUCCCUAUUCCCUCCACACCAAAUAUGUUUAACCACUCUCAAAUACUGUUCUCCACUAUUAAUGUUUAUUUACAAAGCAUUAAUAUCAUUCUGUUAGCAUGCAUUUAAAAUAUUUUUCAGGUUUACCCAUUGUUAAUUAUGGGUAUUAAAGCUAUUUGGGCAUGCUUUUCUUGUAUCAGUGCCAUUCUCAGGUAUUGCUGACAUUUUCAAUCGAUUAUUUAAAACUCCAACUACAUGAAUAUUAUUCCUUUCAUUCUCAUCCUAUUAAGAUGAGAACUUGUUUGUGCCUUUCAUAACUUGUUUAAAGCCAUUUUAAAAUUCAUUUUUAGUCUGAGGUGGCUAAUACACUGGCAAAAUAUUUUGAAUGCAGGUUUUGACCAGUUAAUUUAAAACAUUAGAAAAUACAGAGUGCUUAAACAAACUAAAAUGUCAUAUAAUUAAAAGACCAAAUACUUAAUUCUAAGUUUGAUGCUGACUUAUUACUUUGGGAUAAUUGUCUUGCCAGUGAAUAAUUCUAACAAAGCAGAAUACCCAUUCAAGACUGCCAUCAAAAAACAGUUAAGAUUAUUAUUAAUGUUGCAUACGAUUUACAUUUCUUAUUAUGCUAAAUUUACAUGGUUGUCCCUUCAUUGACUGUUGCUUGGCUAAUAUAUUUAUUGUGCCAAAACAUGUCAAAACCAUGACUUCUCUGGGUGGUAUAUUUGAGAGGAUGUUCAUUUCAGUGGCUAUUUAUGGAGUACCAUGUCCACAUAGUGAAAACAAACACCUUUUUUAAUCCAAUACAUUUGUUCUUGUUGAUUUCAUGAUGGUUCAUUCCAUCUGGCAAAAUUUCAAGGCCAUUCAUUCUGUUCUUUGAACAACUAUUUACCAUGGUGUGGACAUGGACUUAUCUGCUUUCUUUACUAGAAAUGUAAAUGGCUUAGUAUGAACAUUCAAAAAUCUUAAAAUUCACUUGUAGGAAAUGAAUGCUGCAAUGAAUCCUGGGCUCUGCAGUCAGACUGCCUGGGUUUUAAAUCCUUGUUCCAUCACUUCAUUAUUUUUGUAAUCUUGAACAAUUUACUUAUAUCUCUGUGCCUCAGUUUCCUCAUCUGUGAAUUAAGAAUGAUAAUACUACCUACCUCACAGGAUUUUUUUUUUGAGGAUUAAAUAAGUUAAUAUAUGUAAGGCUCUUAGAACACUGUCUGGCUCAGAAUAGGGAGCAAUAAGUAUAAGGUUUUAUUGUUCUGUAAUCUUAAAGAGUAUAAAUAUUAAAUGAGGGAAGGGAUCAAAUCAGAUACUGAGGGAAAUAUUUUGUAUAUAUCUUAUAAUAAGUAAUAGCUAGUAUUUAUCUAGUGCCUACUGUGUGCCAGGUACUGUGCUUUACUCUGUGUACAUGAGUUAAUCCUCACAUAUUGGGUGUUAUUCCUAUAUUACAGAUGAAGAAACUGAGGUUCAGAAAAUUAACUUUUUCACUGUCACAAAGCUAGUAAGUAACAGAGGUUGGAUUUUUACUCAUUCUAUGUGCUCUCUCACUUGUAUUAGCCUUGAAGUUAGUCAUUUAGUAUUAUUCCCAUUUUCAUAUACAUGGUAUGACCUCUGAUAUAUUGGCCAGUAAUAGUCAUAUUGACCAGCCAAAUUCUCAUAGUGAUUCUUAUCUCACGCUCUUGCCUGGGAGCUUGUCUAAAUGGUCUCAAGACCCUAAGCCCAGAAACUCUGAUUUUUAGCACGGGCUGUAGGAGUUACAUUCUUACCAGAUAAUCUAGAGUGGUGGUUGUCAAAGUGUAGUUCCAAGAAGCAGAGUCAGCAUCACUUGGGAACUUGUUGGAAAUGCAGCCCCUCUUGGGCCCCAGCCCAGACCUCCUAAAUCAGAAAUUCCAGGACAGGGGCUAGUAGUUCUGUUUAAACAAACCAUGUAGGCGAGUCUUACUGAUCUUAGGAGGAGAACCACUGCCUAGCUACCUACAUGAUUCUGGUGCAAAUAGUCUCAAACACUCAGGAUUACUACUCCAUGGAUAAAUAAUUUUUUCAAAGGUUUAGACACAGAAUAUUUUGAAUGAGUGUAGUCCAAGAUCACACUAUAUUAAAGGUAAAAUACUUUAAAGAUAAUUUAAAGAGUCUGUGGAUCAUUGAUUUUGACAAUACACUUUAGCUUCUCCAUAUUGACUAAUAUUGAGACCUACAGUAAAAUCUACAAUUCUCCCAAGUUUAGUAAUUUCCCAUUGGACAGGAAGGAUUAGUGCUAAUUAGUACACAGUAAUUCAUUUAAAACAUACAUCAUUAGUGUCAUAAGAAAUAUCCACAACUAGCCAGGCAUGGCAGAGAAUGCCUGUAAUCCCAGCAACUGGGGAGGCUGAGGCAGGAGGAUUGCAAGUUUGAGCCAGCCACAAUUGUUAUUAAAACUUUUUAAAUAGAAGUAGCAAAGUGCUAUUUAAUAAAAUGCAAAGCGUUUUUCUGCUAAUUCAUACCAUCAACUUAAAUUUCAUCACUUUCAAGAUUUUGACUAUCCUAUAUGAUCUAAGAAGCAAAAUAAUUCUAAGUUCUUGAUAAAGCACAUAAAACAGGAUUUCAUGGUGAUUCACCAUUUUAGCUUAAGAUCUUUGUCAUUUGGAUAAAUGAUUUUAGUGUGAUCUCAAAGCAUAAGGCUUUUGCUGUCUUAUGUUUUUUAAAUACAGUAUACUUAUAAAGGUGAGAAGUUCAUAGGUUUGAGGCAGGGUUUUUGUUCCAGAAUUUGUUUUCAAAUACCUUAAUUUUCAGGAGUUUUUGUCACUGUAAUAAGAUUAGAAAAUGCUGACCAGUUUUUAAUGUUUUUGAAUAUGGUAAUUAGACUUAAGCAUUAAACUUGCUGAUUAUUUUCAUAAUUGUUUAUUUUUCACUUCCUUGAGCCUACUAUCAAGCUGUAUUAGCAGACUGAGACACUGUUGUACUUGAAAGACCCCCUCAUUUAAUUGAUCAGAUCAUGUCUAGCCUUUUAUUCUUCAUUUAAAUUUUCAGUUCAUUAGAUUAUUAUUCUGUUAAUUUCUGUUCCUUUGUAUUUAUUGAAGUUCUUUAUUUCCUUUAUAAGUACCACUUUUAGUUACUCUUAAUGCUGCCUUCAUAAGGUUAAUUUGGCUGUUACAGGUGAUUAGAAUUUGUAUGACUUGCUGAUAAUUUUAUACCUACUAACUUUAGGUUUCCCUAGGAUUAAAUGUCUAAAAUCAAAUAAUGCCUGCUGGCUCUCAGGAUACUUGCCCUACUUAAAAAGUUACAAUUUUAAACUAACCCUCCAUCUUUAUUAAAGGAGGUAGUUACUUGAAUCUUACCUACUCACCCUCUUAAAAAUAAAACUCAUUUGCGCUAUUUCUCUACUUCUUUAUAGUAGGUUUGACAGAAACAUACUUAAAUCUGGGAGAUAAACUGUGGUAUAUUUUAUGCUAAGUGUAACAUCUAUUGAUUUUAAAAUGACACAUUUAUAUAUCAGUUGAAAUAAAAAAUUUAACAGAUUAAAAUAAGAACGUUUACCAAUUCUCUUAGAGGAACCAACUCUAGAAAGUAGUUGUAGAAUUGAAUUGUGCUACUUCAACCCCCUUCCUCUCUAGUUUCAGUUUAUAUUAGUUUUGAAUGACUUUGCAGGGCCCUACAAAUUAAUAAUCUACGUGAAGUAUAUUAGAGGGAAACUAAUCUUACUGCUAAGCAGUGUGUUGUACUAUAUAGUGAAUGUUUGUGUUUUGGAAUUUAAAAAUUAUUUAAAAGUAAUUGUGUUAUGAAUGGUUUAAAAAUGUUUGGUGACUUGCUUAUUUUAAGUGAUCACCAUUAAGUCAGAAAAAAUGUAUUUUUAAAUGUUUUUUAAAGUGCCUUUUGAAAAUUUUUAAACAAUGGAUUUAAACAACUGCAUAAAAUAAAUUACCAUGUUCAAAA